GAGAAAUUGGUAGACAGCGUACCUCUUCGAGGCACAACAGGCCACUCCAGGAUUCUGUUCUCUCCAGCCACUCUUCAUUGCUCAGGUUUCUAAAGCAGCCAUGGCAGCAGUACCUGAACUCACAAGUGAAAUGAUGUCUUACUGCAGUGGCAACGAGAAUGACCUGUUCUUUGAGGAGGAUGGUCCAAAACAGAUGAAGGGCGGCUUCCAAGAUCUGGACCUCAGUUCCGUGGGAGAUGGGGGCAUCAAAGUGGAAAUCUCCCACCAGCUCUACAACAAGAGUUUCAAGCAUGCCGUGUCGAUCAUUGUGGCUGUGGAGAAGUUGAAGAAGAUACCCAGUCCCUGCUCACAGGCCUUCCAGGAUGAUGACCUGAGGAGCCUCUUUUCCUUCAUCUUUGAAGAAGAACCCGUCACCUGUGAGAAUUGGGAGGAUGAGCUUGUGUGUGAUGCAACCGUGCAAUCGCUGAACUGCAGACUCCAGGACACACACCAUAAAUCCUUGGUGCUGUCCAGUGCGUGUGAGCUGCAGGCUGUCCACCUCAAUGGAGAGAAUACAAACCAACAAGUGGUGUUCUGCAUGAGCUUCGUGCAAGGAGAAGAAGAGACCAACAAGAUACCUGUGGCCCUGGGCCUCAAGGGAAAGAAUCUGUACCUGUCGUGUGGGAUGAAGGACGGGAAGCCCAUCCUGCAGCUGGAGAAGGUAGACCCCAAAAUUUACCCAAAGAGGAAAAUGGAAAAGCGAUUUGUCUUCAACAAGCUGGAAAUCAAGCGCAACGUGGAAUUUGAGUCUGCAAUGUACCCCAACUGGUACAUCAGCACCUCUCAAACAGAAAAACAGCCCGUCUUCCUAGGAAAUACCAAAGGCGGCCAGGACAUAACUGAUUUCACCAUGGAAAUCAUCUCUGCCUAAAGAGAACCAUACCCAGAGAGUCCACAUGUGCUGAAAAACCCCUAGAGGUAGCAGAGGGGAAUAGAAGGGUUUGAACACGGCUGCAAGCUGAACUUCACUCUUGUCUAAUCAAUGCCCAGAUGCCUUCCCUAUAUUAGUGCUAAGGAGAUCUCUUGCUCAACAGCUGGAGGAACAGGCCCCUCCUCCCAGGGCCAAUCCUCAGACCUCCUCUGCUGAACAGGGCCUCUCUCACCUCUCCUACUCACUCAAAGCCAGCCUGGUAGAAACCACUGCACAUCAGGUUCAAGGAAACCCUCUGUCCUUUGAGCCCAGCUUCUGAUGACCACUUAACUAUUUAUUUAUUUAUUUAUUGGUGGGUUAGUCUAUUUAAUUUAAUUCAAGGGGGACAAGAAGCAGCAGUGUCUGUGAAAGAGCCCAAUCUUCAAUAUCUAUGGAACUAGUUUAAUUUGGACUAGAGUACCAUCUUUACAUCAAGUCCUUUCACCAAGGCUGAAAAUAUAUAAGCUCAGAUUAUUUAAAUAGGAAUAUUUAUGAGUGAGGGAGUAUGAUCACACUGUUUCAAUGAUUUUGAAAUAAACUUUGCUGAAAAAAAUA